UGCUGCCCUACGAUGGCAGCCCCACGGAAACAUGGCCUCUUCACCCCGGAUCCUUACUACAUCCCAGGAUAUGGUGGGUUCUACCCUCAGAUCCGCUACCAGAUUGGAGAAACCUAUGGCAAAACCACCUCUCGCCUGCUGACAGACCCCAGUGUUCUGAAGAGCCCUUGCUCUGUGCUGGCUCCCCUAGUGAAGCCGCGGUUCCUAGAGGAUUUUAGUGGUACAAAGCAUCCUUCAAACCAGAUGCUGGAUCAAAACUACAGUUACUUUCCCGGAUACACUGGGUUCAUUCCUUACCAAAAUGCCCAGUUUGGACCAUAUUAUCCAACACCUGCCACCACAUCAAGAGCCCCACUGCUAAUGCUACUGCCAGCACAGGUGCAACAGUCGUGGGUGGACUCAGACACUGGUGACUCUACGCAGCUACGUGAGCAGAGAAAAUAUAUCCCCUGCCAUCCUGGCAUUAGAUUGGCAUGUGGGCAUGGAUGGAAGAGUUCCUCCUCCCCUACUGGCAUGCAUCUGGCAUCUGAGCAGGAGAAGAGGAAGGCACCCUGCUAUCCUGACAUUGCACUGGCAUGUGGGCAGCAAAAGAAUCAUGGACCGUGCCAUCCUGAUGUGGCACUGGCAUGUGGGCAGGGAUGGAGGAGCUCUCCCUGCCUCCGUGGAACCAAACAGCCUGUUAGGAUUGAGGGAGUGCCUUUGGAUGCAGUGACCGAGACAGUGGAUCUAAGCAGAUACAAUCAGCUCCCAAAGCUGGAUGUCCCAAACCUGAUCCAGCGGAAAGCCAUUUCAGGCUACACUGGAUUUGUACCACGCUUCACCUGGAUUAUGGGUGUUAACUAUCUCAAGGGAGUUAAAGAUGCCAUGAAUGAAUUUGACAGAAAUCAGUUUAUGGUAAGAAACCCAGCGUGGAACUUUGGUAAGAGACUACCACAAACAUAUUGGCCUAAUAAUAAAAUUUACACCAGUGCUGGACUGAUACCUUUCUACACAGGCUUUGUACCAACCCUCAGACACAGCUAUGCCUUAACAUUUGGCAACAGUACCCGGAAAGCCUACCAGAAAGCGCAGACACAAAACUGUGCGCUGUGAAAAAUGCUUUAAUUGUGAUGUCUGUACAACAUUUGACAUGAAGUCAUCAGGAAAAAGAAGUGGAAGGUACACAGUAAAGACAUGAAUAAA